AUGGACUGUUACGGUAGAGACCCUACUGCUGAGGAGUUCCAAUUUUUGCAAGAUCGCUUAGGCUUCUCACCGGAGCAUGGUGUAAUGAUUCCGGCAAAGGGGGUAUCGAUCUACGAUCGACCUCAAGAGAAAGUGGGGGUUCCAAUCCAUUUAUUUGAAACAGGGUUACGCUUGGCGAUAUCUAAUUUCUUCAACAUGAUUUUGGACCACUAUCGCCUUUCCGUCGACGAGUUGACCUCGAGCGCUAUUAAUAAAAUCAUCGGGUUUAGAACUGAUUUGUCAAUCUCUGGGUAUCGUAGAACCCGAGACUUUUCUAACCGUCGUCCCAAGUUGUUUGGGAGUAAUCUGACUCUUGGUAAGCGUCUUGGAAACAUGACUAUCAUUGUGAAGAACUGGGAAGAUUUCAUUCUUGCAGCGGUGCUGAAGCCGAUAAUUGUUUGGAAAUGGCCUUGUGUGGUCACUAUUAGGGAAGAGGUGGUGCCCUAUUCGGAAGAGGCAAAGUUUGCGCGUGGUGACGUCAUCGGAUGA